AUGUCUAAAUCAGUGCUGUGUUUCGUGAUCGCAGUACUUUGUUUUGCAUCUGUAAACACAAAAAAGAAGUUAAAAUUUUACGAGGAGAAGAAUUUCCACGAAGCUCAAGAGUUGUCAGAUCAAAAUGUGAGGGAUAUAGCGGCAAUGUCUGACAUGAAUCAUUUCAAAUCAGUUUUAAAUGAGAUCCUGAUUCCAAGAGUUGUGGGUACUCCUAAUCAUGAUAAGGUCAGCAACUACAUAUCCCAACAGAUGCGGGACUUAGGUUGGGAGGUCACGGAGAAUGUUUUCUCAGACACCACACCUGUGUUUGGCUCAUUGAAUUUUAAAAACAUUAUAGCCAAAUUAAAUCCUAAUGCUGACAGAUUCUUAGUGCUAGCGUGCCAUUACGACAGCAAAUAUAUGAGGGAACAUGUUUUUGUAGGUGCAACGGACUCUGCAGUACCAUGUACUAUGAUGAUAAACCUGGCCAAAGUAAUGGCGGAACAAUUGGAGCCGUUUAAAAACAAUCGUUUAAGCAUAAUGUUCAUUUUCUUCGAUGGUGAAGAGGCAUUUAGACAAUGGGGUCCUAAUGACUCGAUCUAUGGGGCCCGACAUUUAGCCAAGAAAUGGCAGGGCACUGAAUACAAAGAUGGGGCCAAUGAACUGCAGAGAAUGGACGUGAUGGUGCUCCUGGAUCUCAUUGGCUGUCCAGACCCAGUGUUCUACAGUUACUUCCAGUCGACGGAGAAGUGGUACGUCCGUCUGGCUGUUGCGGAGCAAAGAUUAGCUGAACUCGAUCAGUUCCAGUCCUACUCCAAGGGAAAUGCAGAACAGACCUACUUCAGGCUCAGGAGCUCUGGAUCCGUCAUAGAAGACGACCACAUACCCUUCAUGAGGAGAAAUGUGGAUAUUCUGCACGUGAUCCCGUCUCCGUUCCCCAGCGUGUGGCACACCCCUGGCGACAACCUUUCCGCUCUUGACUUCAACACUAUAGAGAACUUGAACAAAAUAUUCAGAGUAUUUGUGGCUGAGUACCUCCACAUCAAACCGAAGUAG